UGGAACAAGUGCCUCCCCGCAGCGCAACAUGCCCUCUCAACUCAACACACUGCUGCUCUCUGCGGUGAUGCUGGCAGCUCUGCUCCUUUGCGCUCUCGGAGCUCCAGUUGAAUCGGUGCCCACCGACAUCCCGGCAGGUGACCCCUCAGGUGAAGCGGAAGUGGUGUCCUCUGACCUGCUGAGCGAUUCCCCGGUCUGGCAAUCGAUCCUGGCCGCAACCAAACGCCACCAAGAGGAGUUUGAAAAUGAAUUCCAAAAUGCUGUGAAGUAUGAAUUUCUGGAACAUUACAAAAUCUCCUCAGUUCCAGCGAUGUGUCCUCUCUCCAACUUCAGCAAGGAGGCUUGUCUCCACAGGUUGGUCCAAGGCCUGCCAGUUUACAUAGUCCUCCUCAAACAUGUGGAGAAGGAGUACCCAGGCAGCUUGAUCUGCUCGGAGGUCAGAUAUCACAGUGGCCUCCUGAUCACGCAGAUCAAACAAGAGAUGAGGAACCCUGAAGCUGUCACUGCACUGACCAGCAGCCAGGAGGUGCAGCUGCUUAGGGGGCUUGACAACCCCACCGCUUUCCAAAGAAAGAUGACUGCACACAGCAUCCUGCGCCAGCUCCACCUCUUCCUCCUCAGGGGCAGACGAGUGAUUACCAAAAGGGAGAAGAGCAGAGGACGUCCGGCCUUCAGGACUGGGGCACCCAUCGCUUUCUACAACCAAAACUUGAAGGGUGACAGCACUCAGUUAUAAUGGGAGAUCUCAGGGAAUAUGGGUGCCAUUAGCAUUGCUACUGUCCUCAAGUGUUGUUUUUUUUGUUUUGUUUUAAAGGGGAAGUGAUGAAAGUGCAUGCUGAGUGCACCAACUGUAGCGGCUGAUUGUGUUAAUGUUAAAGGCCUCAGGGCUUGAACCGCCCACUAUUGCACAACUUAUUUAACCUAUUUAUACUUAGUGUUAUUUAUUUGUCAUAGGGAAAUCCAUGAUUGUGGGUCUCUUGCACCAAAAACUUAAUUUGCACUUGAUAAUCAUUUGAUUUUAGUGAUUUAUUUCUUGUUUUUAAAGCAUGAGCAGCAUUGCAUUCAGUUUUAUAAGAAAACAUUUUCAAGAAGCAAUAAUGUGUUUUUAUAAACAAGGACUUUAUUUUAUUUUAACAGUAUUUGAUUAUUUAUUUAAAUCUAUUAUUUUAAACUGAAUUUGCUGUUGAUUGAAUUACAAUGUAAUGAGCCGACCAAUAUGUGACUGGAAAGAUUUUUUGUACACAUGGAGAAUAAAAAAAUUAUUUGUUUAGAUAAGAAACAAGUUUCUUCAUUCCAACACUUCACACAUUACACGUCAUUGCAGGGUCAGACUUUUCCCCCCAUAAUCCAAUAACGUCAUUUGCUGAUUGUGAUCGGUCUCCUGUUAUGUACAUUCACCAGGGGUUAGAAAAUUUUACUGUUAAAAACAAUCUUUUUUUAUUCUGUGUGUUUCCUAACUUUAAACUUUAAAAAAAUGGGCUUAAGAUAUCGCUUAAGAUUUUCUUUAUGACUUUAAUAAUUAAUUCACCCAAAUUUUUACAAUCAAGACCCAGUUUCUGCCAUUUCUGGAUUAAGCAUCAACAGGAUUCAAAAGACAAGAGUGAUUUUUUGAAGGAUUUAUUCUCAGCAAUGUUAAAUUACAAAUAAAAACAGGAAAAACAUGGAAUGAAUGGUUAAUCCAAACAUUGCUACCCACCACACAUUCCCAUCAAAAUCCCAACAGAUAGUCCAGUCCACACUACAUAUUUUAAGGGACAGAGUCUUGAUUCCAGCUUGUUAAUCCAAGCAUCUCCUAUCCAUGUAGCCAACACUCUCCA